UCCUUCAUCAGUUUGCAAGUGGUUUGCUGCCGGCUACAUGCGUGGUGAAAAAGAACGAUGCGGAUGUGCGAUCGAGUGUUCGUUUUAAUCAAUAUAUUUAUUUCCACACUUGCAGAGAAAAAUCAUGUUAAAAUACGCGAUGAAAAUUUUGCAGAACUGUACGAAGCGGGCGUGCAAGCGUACGAUGAAGAAGAUUGGUACCAGUGUGAACUUCAAAUGGUGGAUGCUCUGUCGGACUACAAGUUUUAUAAGCAGACGAUCAUUGAUUGUCGUCUGCAGUGCAAGAAAAAUACGUCCAUCAGAGAACUGACGCCAGAAAUGAUCGAGUUUUCAGUUUUUGAAAAGUUUAUAGAAAAUUCCGAUUGCGUAAGACGAUGCAAACAGAACAUUUUGGGAGACAAAAAGUUUCCGCAUCCAUCAAGCGUGAUCUUCGAAACAUUUCGGACACGAAAACCUUAUGAAUAUCUUCAGUUUUGUUGGUAUCAGGUGGGAAAGAUGGAGAAGGCAGCUUCAGCAGCAUACACGUUCUACCUGGCGAACCCACACCAUAACGACAUGAUCAGGAAUGUCCGCUACUUCAAGGACACACUAGGAGUCAAAGAGUCUGACUUUCUCGACCUCGAGAUGAGGCCAUACAAGGAGUCGUAUAUACGUGGAAUAAUGGAGUACAACCAAGAGUCGUGGGAGAGAGUGCGAGACCUCAUGGAGAAGGCUGUCAGCCAGUAUUUGGAGGAUGAGGAGAGAUGUCGGGCCGACUGCGAGUCUACUUAUGACCACGUUGGGCCACAGGAGUUUGUCAACGCUGUUGCAGAUCACUACAUAUCAGUGCUGAAAUGUCAGUUUAAGUGUGAAGAUCAGCUGAGUGUCGUCUUCACAGAUAAGAUUGACUUCUUCGUUGCAGAUCUCUUCCACUAUCUUCAGUUUACAUACUUCAAAUUGAAUAACAAAGCAAAAGUAGCGGAAGCUGUGGAUACGUUUAUCCGGUUGAACCCACAAGAUGACAUGAUGCUUAACAAUAAGGCGUACUACAUCAACAGGGGCUUUGAUAAGACAAUGUUCAAACCACGACCGAAUAUUGUUGAAUACAUUGAACGUCGAGAACAGAUUGAGAGAUUGUUGAAUUUUGUCAAGGAGAACUACAUGAGGGACGAACGAGAGAAGGAUGUCCAUGAUGAGGAGGAGAAUACCUACGAACACUAUAUGAAGCCUUACGAGAGAAUAGGACUCAAAAUUGUUGCCAUGGCAGAGAAACUGAAAGGGCCACUCAGAUUUGCUACAGACGGAUUCAUCAAAGAGGAACAGUGUUCAGAACUUAUAAGUCUGACUGAUGAUAUAUCGCCUGACGACAAGGGUGCAGUAAUAGUAGGAGUAAAGGAUGCGAGAGAGAAAAUGGAGAACUUUGGUGAUGAACAUGAGAUUGCGGUGCGCCUAUUUCUACGUAUCUCUGAGACGAUGCGUCACUACUCCAUGCGUUAUUACAAUCUGACGAGACUGUUCUUUAAACAAUCGGCCAUCGUGUGCUGGACGCACACAGAAGAUAAAACUGACCAUAAUUGUUUUCGCCAAGAAGAUGGGUCUUGUGUCCAGGAGUUUCAGUCCGUCAUUGGCGAGGAGGAAUAUAUGGUUACCUUGUACCUGUCUGAUGUAGAAGAAGGUGGUGAACUCAAUUUCCUGGAUCCACAAAAAACAUUACAGAGCUCAUUAGAUGUUCAAUGUGGCCGCCUUGCAGGAUUUCAGAAUGGUGACCGGCACUACAUUGAGGUUCCCAACAAUGAGAAGAGGUGUGGUCUCGUAAUCGUCUUCACCACCGAUCCUUCGAAAGACGAGGUGGCCUACGUGGAAACUCUGAAGUUUCUACACCAGCUGGAGCAGGAUAAAAUUGACCAGAUAUUUGAUGAUAAUAAAAACAUUCUAGAAGAGUUCGAGAAGAGAGGUGUGAAGGUCAUUAAAAACAGUUCGGAACUGAAUGGGGAGAGGUUCGUCGUCGACAAUCUGGCUACCCAGGAGGAAUGUGAUACACUGGAAAAUUUAGUCCUGAGUGGCGCUUUGGUUGGUGAUGGUUAUGAUACUCUCAAAGGCAAACCCUCACUUAUGACUCCCAUAUCAGCUUUCGAAAUGUUUCAAGGACUGACAAUAUACCGGGCAGCCAAGCUUGCCUUUUCUGAGCUUGUACCUGCUACAUCAGUUCAGUUGUUUCUGGAUCUCAGUGAAAAGGUUCGACUGUAUGUGGAAAAAUACUUCAAUCUGUCCCGACCUCUCUACUUUGACUACACUCACCUCGUAUGCAGAACAGCCUUAGAUGAAACGGCAGAGAGAACGGAUCUGAGCCAUCCUGUACAUUCUGAUAACUGUAAUCUACUGCCAAAUGGAACUUGUUCUAAAGCAUACCCAGCCUAUAUCCACAGAGACUACAGUGCACUUCUUUAUUUGAAUGGUGAUAUUGAUGGAGGGGAGUUUUUCUUUGCCUUUUCUAACAAAACAGAACAGAUGUCAAUAAAACCGAAAUGUGGAAGAGUGGUCGGAUUCAAUGCUGGUGAGUUUCACGGCGUGAAGGCACUUCGGAGAGGUCAUCGGUGUGCUCUCGCUCUCUGGUUUACCCACAAUCCUCAGUACAAGGAACUGGCUCACCUGCAGGCAAAGAAAAUCAUCGCACGCAAACGAAAGGCUGAAAUGAAAAUCAAACAUUCCGAUGAAUUAUGAUGGUUGUUGAGGCAUUACUAUGUAUACCUUGCUAGCUCCACUGGUGUGUUAAUGGCUAUUCUCUUGUUCAUACAAGCAGUUUAUGAGUAACUGUUCAUACAGAUGAUCGUAUAAGUUGUUUGUGAAUUUUUUUUUGUCUUAUGCUGUGUUCGGAUGUGCUCGGAAACAGGAAAUUUCUGACUUGUCAAACCAUAAUUGCCACGAAUAAUAAUUAUACUGUUCAUGUGUAGUUAAUGAAAUUCUUUGUUAACUGUGGUUUCAAAAUUUACGACACUUCCAUUUUCAACUUUUAACCUCAUGGGUUUUUUUACCCCCUCCCCCACUUCCGUGGGUUAUUCGUUUAGGCAAAAGUGAUGAAAUUUUGAGACGGUCCCUGAAAGAGCUCUGCUAUCUUCUUGUCCCAUGCUGGAACAUUAUUUUAUAAUGCAAAACACUAAUGUUAUUACAGUUUUAAUAAAGCCAUUUAUUCUGGCUUCAAAUGGAUUUAUCAUCUACCUCUGCAACAUUUGGCCACAAGUAUUAUUUCCAUUUGUAGUACAUAAUAUAUUACAUUUAAAGAGCUCGGAAGCAGCACACUCGCAGGUUUUUAAUAAUGGAAAAUUUCAGCAGAUCCAUUGGGUUUUUUUUGACCCUGUCAAUCAAUGCCCCACAACUAGUAUAUCAAAGACUGUGGUAUGUGCUGUCAUGUCUGGGAGAAAGUGUAUAAAAGCAAUUCUUCGCUGCUGAUGAAAAAUGUAGGGGUUUCCUGGAAGACUGUGUGUCAGAAUCAUUAUAAUAUUUGACAUUAGGGCCUCCACGAGUCCUAAGUAUGGGACUCGAGUAAUCGAGGGUCAAACUCGACCCAGACCCGAGUACCCGACAGUUACUCUAGAUGAUGAUGAGAUUAAGGAAUAAAGUAAAAUAGCAUUAUGCAUCUUAAUUCUACCGCUGAACAGGAUGCCAAAUCAUGCCAUUGUAUUGCAGUUAGAAACCUUUUAGAAAAUGUUCAGUGUUGUGAUGAAUGGACGGCCAGUUUGAAAAGAGAAACUAGAGCACGAUCAUCAAAUAAUUAUUGUGUAACUUAUAUCGUUGAUUAUCAUUUGCUGAAAUUAUUGUCCUACAUUGUCCAGUGUAUUAUAGUUGAUAAAUUGUAUUCCACCUGGUACGGGUACUCUAGUCCUGUGAACAGACUUAGUCUUGCUAGACUCAACCCGUGUCCGAGUACUCAAGUACUCAUGGAGACCCUACUUGACAUGCAAUUGCUGAUGAUUAAUUAAUCAGUGUGCCCUAUUGGUGUCAUUAAACGAAACACACUUUUCACCAAUUUAAAUAAGAAUGCCCUGUCAUGGGAAGAUCUAUUCCAUGUUUAAAUAGUUAAACAUUACUGAGAUUGCAGCUUUAAUUUUCAGAAAGUUCAACAUGGAAGGUGAUAUCUCAGGCAGAGUAGGCAAUUGCCUAGGGUUCUCCAGUGUAGUUUAGUAAUGAUGAAUAGCAUUGUCAUUGGCUUAUAAAACAGUUAUACAUGUAUAAUGGUGCACAUUGAAUAUUCACCUGGAUUACCAGAUACUUUUGCAGGUUUAAGAGUUUGGAGAAGUUUACUCGACAUUAUGUCAACUUGGUCAUUAAAGUUAAACUAGUUUGUCUGAUUGAACUGGUGAGCAGUAGAAUUAUCAAGUUUAAAUAAUAACUUUGUAUGUUUGUGAUACACAACAUGUGGUUUAGAUUCCUUGGGACAGUAAAAGACUUACACGUGCUAAGCGCCAAACAAUGAUGUUUCUUUUUAUGUGUUCAGUGCCAUUAACAUGUAUUUUAAAAAUCUAGUCAGCUAUUUGAUAGAUACUAUUGUUUAAGAUGGUGCAGUGAGAAAUAUUCUGCUGAAGCUUGAGACCUAAAUUUGAUAAUAACUGUAGGGUCCACAGGAAUAACCCGUAAUAUCACAUUUAAGUAAGGUGGUAUUUUAGAAUUUUAACAAUUACAACUCUGCACUCGUGGAAUAUUUUUAUCUAAGAAAGCAUAAUUUAUUAACUACUUUUAAUGGCCUACCAUAAUUAUAGGUUUUUAAUUUAGUGUGUCAUUGUGACCUUGAUAUACACGACCGUCAUAAUACUGACCAUCUGUUUGGACAUCAUAGGUUAUUCCCGUGGACCCUCCAACUGGUAACUUGUUUAUUAUCCUCUAUUGAGCAUGUUGAAUCAAUUUUAUAUUAAAUUUGUAACUAAUAUAUCAAUAACUUCCAGAAUUUGUUUUCAUCAAUUUUUAUAAUUACAAAUAAUACAACUAAGAAAUAUUCUAAAUACAGACAAAUCCAUUUCUUUCAGACUUAUUUGUGAUCCAUUUUCUGUAAUAAUUUUCCAUAUUGACAUAAUUUUAUUUAUUUUUUCCAAAGGAUAACAUUCAGUUUUUUUAAUGAUAUAAAAUCAAGUGUAUUGUAUGAUAAUAGGAAGUUUGUGAUUAUAUUUUUAUAAAUCUAUGCAAAUAUAUAUAUUGUGUUGUAUUGAACAAAGAUAUACAUGUAUGUACUAAACUUUUAUCUGUGUUAUUUCAAAAAUCUAAGUUUAUCAUAUCUGUAAUUUCUUUAGUUAUUUGUAUUAUUCAUUUCUUUUCAACAUAACUUGACCUAUAAUUAAUAGCAUUUUCUCCUAUUCUAAUAACAUAAAAGAAACCAAAACGUAGAUAGUAUGUGUAAAAAAAAAAAAAAAAGAAAAGACAUACAGAUUAGUUUUGAAGAAGAAAGAGGAAAUUAUGUGACAAGAAACAGGUAGCCCAAGACAUAUUCUAAGAUUUUAGCCAUUGGCAGUUAGGAUAUUCAGACCAGUCUAUUAGAAUAAGAGGAAAUGCCUUUAGUUAGAGGUCAGGUCAAGUAUUCAUAAAACAGAAAACAUUCAGUUUUCUUCAGUUUUACUAAUGUGUAAUAAUAAACAGUGCUGUGAUUUUUUCAGCUUUUUAUUUGAUAUCAGGGUUUUUUGGGUGUGUUUGUUUCGACUGGAUUUGAUUUAAAAUGCUGGAAAAUAACCUUUAUUUAAAAAUGGCAUAGCAUUUCAGAGAUCAUUUCAUCUUUUAUUUUCAACUGCUAUCUCAUCCCUGAAUAAAAUGUUAUUAAUGUAGAUGAAAUAUAAAUAAUUAUCUGAUAGCUCGUUAUAAUUUUAUUGCCACCAGUUUGACUUUUUUUUCCUCCAGUUAUAUGAUCAUGACAUUUUAAACUUUUUUUCAAGUGUUAUGUAGAUAUAUUGAGAGUAAAAAAUAACAUGUAGACCAUAAUAUCUCAGUCACUAAUUAGUUGGUAAGAUACAAAGAUGUAAUGUGGAAUUGAGUAUCAAUAAUGUGGUAUAGUUAACUUCUGACACUAUGGAUAAAGGUUUUAGCAAUCUAAUUAGAAUUAGCUCCACUAUUACAUGUGGAUCUAACAGCAGCCCGUUGGAGCUCAUGUCCAGUUGACCUUCAUUCGACCAAACAAAACCAUACUUGCAAAAUCGUGCCAGUGAUUUGAAAAGAAUUUGAAAACAUUCGGGAUUAUAACCGAGUGUAUACCAAAUGAUUUGGGUGAAUUACAAAGUAUGCCGGAAACUAAUUGCAAUAUAAAAUUUUAUAUAACCCGUGA